UUAUGAAGGCAAGACAUAAAUACUUGGAUGAUCACAAAGGCCUGCAAGAUACCCUUCCAGAAUUGCGUUAAUAUGGAUAAAUAAGAAUGCUAUCUAAUGCUCUAGCUUUUACUUUUACAGCUGGAUUAUGUGCAAAAGGUAUGCACCUUCAUUUAGUUAAGCAUUCUCAAAAAAGAAAUUUACAAAGCAUAUUUUAUACAAUGUUGGAUUAGUAGCCUUUUUUCCUAUAAUUGCAGUAGUCGGUCAUUGGCAAGAUGAAUAGAGCAAACUUGCAGAAAAAGCAUUGCACGAUCAUAUAUAGUCAAAAUUUGAAAAUAAACCUGAAUGAAUUAUGGAUUCAUAUUAAUGUUUAUAACAACCCAU